CGCAGCCAUUGGCCACUCCGCUGCCGCAAAGCACUUCGGCGUUCUGACUGCCGUUGGGUCGGUGGUCGAGAAGGCAAUACCGAUUCUUUUUUGCGACUAAAGCUGUCUUCUAAACGGAGUAUUCUCUUUUUAUUUUUAGCGGUUCGGAGAGAGUCGGCUACGAUGGCCGAAAAGUUCGAUAACCUGGAGGAGCACCUGGAGAAAUUCAUCGAGAACAUUCGACAGUUGGGAAUCAUCGUCAGCGACUUCCAGCCCAGCAGCCAGGCGGGACUCAACCAGAAGCUGAACUUCAUGAUAUCCGGACUCCAGGACAUCGAGAAGUGCCGCCAGCAGCUCCACGAGAUCAACGUCCCGCUGGAGGUGUUCGAAUACAUCGACCAAGGUCGAAACCCUCAGCUGUACACCAAGGAAUGUCUGGAGCGGGCCUUGGCGAGGAACGAGCAGGUCAAAGGGAAGAUUGACACUAUGACGAAAUUCAAGAGCCUUCUAAUCUCUGAGCUCGGCAAAGUCUUUCCGGAGGAGAUGGUAAAGUACAAGGCCAUACACGGAGAAGAUGCCCCCUCCUAGUGGCUGCUGAAACAUGACCCCUGACCUUCAGCCUGUGACCCCCUGAAUUGAAAGCCUAAAUGGAGUUCGAACCAAGCAGGUGCCGCCCCCUCACCCGUGGUCACCCUCAGAUUAUGAUAAAAAACCCUUUAUUGUUUUUCCUAAACGUUGCAAUGCCCGAAGGGAGGAGGUUUUAAUUUCCGCUCGGCGCCGUGACUCAGCCAAUCCCGUCGUCUCUGUGCAUUUAAACCCAUUUCAAAGAAGUGCGAAUCCGUCGUGAGUACAUGGGGCAGAGUGGAGAAGGGGAAGCGGUCGUUGUGUUGCCGGUAGACACAUUUGGUCGAAUGCCGUGUUGGUGUUUUGGGCACCAAGUGGGGAGCAGAAGCAUUUCUCACCUCUCCCAACUGUACAGAAGAAAUGAAAUGAUUCUGCAUUAGGAAUUUACCUUCAUCGGAUGUACAUACAGUAUAUUUAUACUCUUACACUUUGCCUUUUGUAAUGCUUCCCAAUCGUUGUACCACAAUGACGUUUUGUAUGACGCUCAGGUUCCCAAUGGCCAUGAUAAUGAAUGCAAAUGCUCUGCGGUGGUCAUUUUCUGCCCGAUCACUUGUCGCGGUCAGAAAUGAGUCCAUUCUUUAUUUGUAACUUGUUUGUAUUAUAUUUUUUUCUUAUUAAAUAAUCCUUGUUGGACUG